UGAAGAGAUGAAACAGAAAGGACACUUUCUACUCAGGAAAAGAUUCAAAGCAUCACUGCGCCAUCUGGUGGUUAAUAAAAAUAUAGCAGCCAAAAGCCUGUGAAAGCCCCUCCGUAGAACGAGGCAUCGAUCACAUAUUCCAUAGAUCGAUUCAAGAACUGUUGAAGACAACAUGGACUACACAAUCACAGAAGAAAACAGAGCGAGAGACUGGGCCAAAAGCCUUGGAACAAGAGAAAAAGAAUUAAAAGAAGUAGAGGAACUUUUUCACAGACUUCAACUUGAAGCCAUGUGCAACUUUAAACUGAGAGCUUCAGAUGUUCUUCAGAUAACUCCACAUUCAUUAGAGUCCCAUGGGUGUUGUACUGAGGAAGAAUUGGUUCAUAUAUUCUUACAGAAACUACUAAUGAUGAACUACAGAGCAAGAAAUAUCACGGUUAAAGAAACCAUUGAGCAUCACAAUGAAAAACAACAAAAACCCAAACUGUCAUCUGCAGACAAUGUUGAUGUGUUUAAUGAAAUUUUUAAAAGUCCGUCUUUGUCUGAUGAAAGAAAGUGCAACGCAGACCCUAUUCACCCGAUGGAUGUUCAGAUGGCCGUGUUUCAUUGUGCUGAUGGUUUCCUGAAGCAGCUGAUGGUCACUAAACUCUCUCAGUGCCGAUACGCUCUGCCUCUGCUUGUUCCUGAUCCAUUCACACGACAGAUCGAGUUUCCUCUCUGGACAUUCAGAGAAACUAACCAGAGCUGGAAGAUAAAAAACAACAACAAUGAAACCAUGAGUCAAAGCCAGCCAGUCUGGAAGGCAGAAUCUCCAAUGGUGUUUUUCUUCAGGUUUAGCUCUGUGUCCUCAUCCAAGUCUCAGCUGAUCAACAAUCUGAUCAAUGAGAAACACCACACGUUCUUCCACAGACACUGCCCUGGCAGCAGCAGAACCAGAGUCCUGAUGGACGGAGUGGUGGAGAUCGCCUGGUUCUGCCCCUCCAGGACAGAUGAUGACAAAUUCACUGACCGUGUUGCCUUCUGUAAUCUACACGGUGAUGCAGGAGAACAUGAGAAACAGCUGGAUAUAAUGACUAGCAUGGCCUCAGUCAUUGUUGUUGUUUUACCAACGCUGGACAGGAAUGACAAAAGAAUGGCAAAAAUCCGAAGCCUCUACAGGGAUCCAAAACCACUGAUUUGCCUUCUUCCUGAGAAUGAUUCAGCUCUCACUGAGCAGAGGAAUGGGAAAUAUAAAAUUGGUUUGAAGGACAGGGAUCAGGCAGAUGUGUCUGAAGAUCUCAGAAAAGCUAUUACAGAUUGUCUCCCAUAUGCUUUCACUUUCAGACUUGAAGAUGUGUCCAAACACUCAGACAUCACAGUAGAUGAGGAAGAUGAUAAUGACUGCAAGACAGGAAAGGAUGCAGCACAGCAUAUGAUAGGUUUACUAGAGAAGAAAGAUCUGACAAACAUCCAAGAAUCAUUUCUGCUGCCUCAUCAGGGCACACUGUGGCAUCAGUGGUGUAAGAUGAAUAAAGAGCUAAAUCGACCUCAAGGGGAUGACCCAGAAAUGGAAAUUAGUAAUAAAAAAGUUGAGAUGAGGAAAAUCCGUGAAGAGCAGCAUAAAGCUCCAAUCAAAUUCUCCUGGAUGAAUAUACCUCAGCUGAUCUUUCUGAUCUACUCCACGAGUAUAACAGAACAUGGACAGAAGUCUCAAAACUAA